AUGGUAAAGGAAGGAAAACGGCGGGUUUUGUCGAAUUACCAGAUUAGACUACGUUUUUUUCAUGUAAUCGAGAAAUUAAUGUAUGCGUAUGGUGACGGGCGAGGACCAAUUAAAAGUAGAUCGGUAAUUGGUAUUGCUGAUAUUUUAUUUUUGUUUCGACGGCAUCCUUUUCAUGUUAGAAGAUUGGUCGAUAACUUUAAGCUUCGCAAGGCAUCUCUUGCUUUUAAAUCAUAUACUGAUCAUUUUACGAAUACAAAAGAUGGAAAUGAUAGUAUCGGUACACUAUGUGUUGAUAUGAGCAAUGACGUAGACGAAAAAAAUGUUUCUGAAAAACAAAUUCAGUCCAUAUAUGAUGCCUUAUCAACAAUCGAUUUGAGAGGAGAUUUACUUGCAUUUGUACGAGAUUCAUCAAAAGAUGAUCAUGAAAAAUUGGAACGCAUGAGAAGACUUUCACAAUAUGCAGCAUCGAUGGACGAAUUUGAAUAUCUACAAUACUCCAAGGCUCGAUGCAUGAAAUUUGCUAGAUCUCGUGUUUCGAAGCGCAUUGCGUGCAAGAAGGGAAAAUUCGAAUGGGUUGAUGGGCCAAAGGUUGAAUCGGAUGUCAUAGCUGUAUUAGAUUAUCUUGCUCAUGAAGUAGUUUGUGUACUUGUUGAAGGCGCAUUGCGUGCAAGAAGGGAAAAUUCGAAUGUCUUAUCAAGUAUUUCUUCGGAACCAUUGCAACUCGAGCAUUACGAUGAAUCAUUAAAAAAGAAUAAAGGGUUUAUGAAUAAUGGCGAUCUCAUUUUCGGUUGUUAA